AUGAACGACGAAAAUCCGAUACCUGUAAAACGUCGUGGUAUCGGCACAACGCUACCGGUUGGUUGGAAACAUAUGAGUCCUCCGAGCGAGGCGGUCAAAAAUAAAAUUUUUCAACAAAUUAUGGAAAGAGUUAAAAAAGAGCAACUGGCAAGCGCACAGAGGGCUGCGAGAGCAGAGGAACGUAAAAAUGAAAAAGAAAAAAGUGUUUGGCUCAAGCAACAAAUUGAGGAUUGUGUGAGAAAGAUCGAGACUGUGAACAGUCGUAAAACUGAAUUGGACGAUUUGAAAAGUCGUUUAUUUGCACAACUCAAAGAGGUGGUCGCCAAAGACAAAGCUCAGAAAGCAACACUUGUCUCACAACAACAGCAAACCAAUCCGGCUGUUGCACCUACGCAAUCUUCAUCAAACAAAGACAAGCAAGACUCGUCUUCAGCACAGUCAAUUGAACUUAGCCCAGCAGAUGAUAACAACAAUAAUAGUAACGAUUCAACGGCGAAUACAACUGCCAAUAAUUCACAGCAAAUGGAUGAUGGUCAUAUCAAGCACAAUAACAACAAUUUGAUUUAUUUUUAUAUCGAUAAUACACCAUUUGAUGGAAUCAAGUUAUCGCUGAUGUUUAUGAUGUAUUUAUUUAAAUGCAACAAGCCUCGCUUUGCUUCGCCGUCGGUAAAGGUUAGCUAA